AUGUCCAAUGGUACUGGAAACGAGGUCAGUUCGCUGUACCCGCCUCCACCCCCGUACGUAAAGUUUUUCACACAGACAAAUCUGGAGAAAUUGCCAAAAUAUAAGGAAAAUAAGACUACGAACACAGAGCAAGCUGCGCCGGGAGACGGCACCGGCAGCAGCGGUAAAGAUGAGCAGCGGGGGGAAGAGGAGAUUACUUGCGCCCUGGACUACCUGAUCCCGCCUCCCAUGCCCAAGAACCAGCAGUACCGAGCGUUUGGGAGCAUAUGGCAGGUCAAGGACCAACUGCCCGACCUCGAGACCAUGGGGCUCACCCAACUGUACAAAAAGUCCACGGAGAGCGAAAGCACAAACUACCAGUACAAGGUCCAAGAGCUGCGCAAACUGUUGAAGUCGCUCCUGCUGAACUAUUUAGAGCUCGUCGGGGUACUAAGCAUCAACCCGGACGUGUAUGAGCGCAAGGUGGAGGACAUACGCACCAUCCUCGUCAACAUCCACCACCUGCUCAACGAGUACAGGCCCCAUCAAUCCCGAGAGUCCCUCAUCAUGCUGCUGGAGGAGCAGCUGGAGUACAAGCGCGGCGAGAUCCGCGAGAUCGACCAGGUCUGCAAACAAGUACAGGACAAACUCACUAGCAUACAGGACACCUUGAGAGCCGGCACGCAUCCUCCCCCAUCGUCCUCCCCUUGA